AUGCUCUGCGUCAGACCGGCAGAUGCAAACGAAGUGGCGGCGGCUUACAUGCUCUGGCUGAGGCACUCGACGGGCCCCACAGUCAUGUGUUUGUGCCGUGGGAAUAUCCCUCCCAUUGUUGGCAGUUCCGUGGAAAAGGCAUUGAAGGGAGGCUACAUUGUUUCUGAUUUCUCGAAAUCGGGAGGGCCCCAAGUGAUAAUUGCUGGCUGCGGCUCGGAGCUGCAGUUCUGCGUGGAGGCGAAGCAGCUUCUGACGAACUGCGAUGUACGCGUUGUCUCCAUGAUGUGUUGGGAUACGUUCGAACAGCAGUCGGAGGCUUAUAAAGAGGAGGUCCUGAUGCAGAAGGAAAGGAAACAGGGGAAAGUUUUGUGUGUUUAUGUUGAGGCUGCCGGAACCAGGUCCUGA